AUGCUUUUAUCACUGCCAUUGCUUCUCUGUAUGGUACAAGAAUUAGCUGCGACGUUGGAAGCGAAAGUUGAGCAUGCUGCAGCAACCUAUAAAAUCGAAGGACAAGUUAUUUUUCCGGAAUCAUUUGCUGCGGAAAAUGGCAAACUGAGUCCAAGUCGUGUAUUGGUGAAUUACGACUUUAAACACGUCGCAUUUGUAAGGGAAGAUGGUUCAUUUGUAGUUUCAGGAGUUCCACCAGGUUCUUAUAUUAUUGAAAUUUCAAAUAUUGAUUAUGCAUUUGAACCGGUACGAGUUGACAUUACCUCGAAAGGUAAGAUAAGAGCGCGACGAUUGAAUUUAUUGCAGCCGUCGCAAGUAUCUUCACUUCCAUAUCCUUUGCACAUGAACGCAGUUCAGCAAAUUAACUAUUUUCGACCUCGAGAAGAAUGGCACUUAACAGAUAUGCUUACUAAUCCAAUGGUUUUAAUGAUGGUUAUACCUCUCAUUCUGCUUGUUAUACUACCAAAGCUUAUUAAUGCAAAUGAUCCUGAAGUUAAAAAGGAGAUGGCUAAAACUAUGCCACAGAUGGAUGUUCCCGAUGUUUCGGAAAUGUUGGCUUCAUGGCUUGGUAGCAAUCCAAAAAAAACGAAAAGAGCGACAACAGGAAACAAAAAACGGCAAUGA